CUACCGAGAGGCUUCUCCGCCUAAAACCACUCCCCCGGCCCGCGAGUCCUGGUGACGACGACAAGAAGCACUGCAGACCGGACACCCUCCCGCCGCUUCAGACACAACGUGAGACACCGACUUCACCGCCUCCUCCUCAACGCUGGGCGUUUGAACGGACCGGAAGUGGCCCGGCUGAUUUCCGGCGGUUGAAAUUCCAAGAACAGGAAGUGUCUGGCAUGGCGACCAAACGGCUAGCGCGGCAGCUUGGAUUAAUUAGGAGAAAGUCAAUUACACCAGCAAGUGAGAAUCUUGGCAGAAGCAAAUCCAAGCAAUUAUAUGACUACUUAAUUGUCAUUGAUUUUGAGUCUACAUGCUGGAAUGAUGGGAAGCACCACAACAACCAAGAAAUAAUUGAAUUUCCAGCAGUACUGCUGAAUACAUCAACUGGAGAGAUUGAAUCUGAAUUCCAUGCUUACGUUCAACCUCAAGAACAUCCAGUUCUUUCUGAAUUUUGCAUGGAACUGACGGGCAUAAAGCAGGCUCAAAUAGAUGAAGGAGUCCCUCUGAAGAUUUGCUUGUCUCAGUUCUGUAAAUGGAUUCAUAAAAUUCAGCAAGAGAAGAAAAUUGUUUUUACUCCUGGGGUUUCAGAUCCUUCUACUUCUGAAGUAAAAUUAUGUGCAUUUGUUACCUGGUCAGACUGGGACUUAGGUGUUUGCCUGGAGUAUGAGUGUAAAAGAAAACAGCUGUUAAAACCUGUGUUCUUAAAUUCUUGGAUUGAUCUCAGAGCAACUUACAAGCUUUUCUAUAGAAGAAAACCAAAAGGACUAAGUGGUGCCUUGCAGGAAGUGGGAAUAGAAUUCUCAGGACGAGAACAUUCUGGGUUGGAUGAUUCUCGGAAUACUGCUCUUCUUGCCUGGAAAAUGAUCAGGGAUGGUUGCCUAAUGAAAAUUACAAGGUGUUUGAAACAGGUUCCCAAGAAGAAUCCCAGCCUUUUGGCCAGAAAUUUGAAUACAAAUCAAGUUGGAGAAACAUCCACCUGCAACUUUAGCAUCCAGAAUCCCAGAAUAUAUGAUAGGGAGUCUAAAAAUUCAGUAAAUGCUCAGGAAAAAAUUCAAAGGAAUUCUGUUUGUAUGAAUUCCCCCAUAAAGGUACAGCAGCAUCACUUACUACCAGAGAACAAUAUAAAAGCCAGUCUUCACAGUAUGAAAAGUUGCUCAUCUAUUUUUAAUACUAAGCCCUCUACUUCUCAGGGACAGUUUCAGUCUCACAGCUUGAAUUCACCUAUCUAUGUGCAGAAGCAAAGAAAAAGUGAACAUCUUGCUUUUAAAACCAAAUCUAAGUCUUCUACUCAUGGUUCAGCAUUGGUACUUGUUUCUACCACCAUCCCAUCUGUUAAUCAUGUCUCUGAUACGGAAAUGAGUUCUACGGUUGACUGCUUCCCUAUGUUGGCUGAUUGGGAAGAUGUAGUUUUACUGCCAGCAUCUCAGCCUGAGGAAAAUAUAGAUUGUAUACCUCCUGUAAGUGACACAAACUUAGAUACUUCAUUUAAUUCUGGAGAAAGGUUAAUGGUUUUAAAAGAAUCAAAAGCCCUAAGUCCUGAAAAACUUGAGGGCAUCAAGGAAACUCCUCAAAAAUUUGAGACUCCUCAGUCUUUUGUGUACAAGAGUCCUCACACUACUGUUUAUAAUGUAAAAGAAGCCAAACAUCCAGGUUCAGAUGCUUCUGCUUUUAAAUUACCUCAAUGCAAAUCAUUUACCCUCAGCAGUGCUAAUGCCAGUGCAUCUCAUCAUUCAGUUUUGGUGAAACAUCCUCUUUUAGGUGGCACUAAAAGGAAUUCAUCUAAUCUUCCAGCUUUCCCACCAGCAAAAAAACAGGCCUUCAUUAUUCAUGAAGAAAAGCCUAUAUCACUUGAUUGCUCUCCAGUAAGAAGUUCUUCCCUGAAAGUUCUCCCCUCUAUAUUAACAUCUACAGUUAAUCUACAGGAGCCUUGGAAGAGUGGGAAAAUGACACCUCCCUUAUGCAAGUGUGGCCGAAGAUCUAAGAGACUUGUUGUUUCUAAUAAUGGACCAAACCAUGGGAAAGUCUUCUAUUGUUGUCCUAUUGGGAAAUACCAAGAAAACAGAAAACGUUGUGAUUAUUUUAAAUGGGAACAAACACUUCAAAAGGAAAGAACCAAUACCAUAGUUCUUUCUCACUCCACAGGGGGACUCACUUUUAGUUCUCCAAAAACAAGCCAUACUCAUGCCAAAACUUUAAGUUUUUUGACUAAAAAUUCUCUGAGACUCAGACCUUCCAUGAGGAAUUGAUAAACUUUCUUUACUCUAAAGUAUGUUUUUAUUUUCAGUGCAACUUUUUUUUAUUUUCAGUCCUGGGGAUUGAACCCAGGGCCUUCACAAUGAGUUAAAUCCCCAGCCUCUCCUCCUUUUUUGAGUCAGGGUCUCUUGAAGUCACUGAGUUUUACAGGUUGUAUUUGAACUUGUGAUCCUCCUACCUCAACCCCCCCAGAGUGCUGGGAUUACAGGCUUGUGCAUUCAUGCCUGGCUUCAGUAUAACUUUUAGUACAGGGAAGAUUUUUUUUACAAAAAUACUCUGGGGCUGAAGUUAUGGAGACUUAUCUGAGCUCUGUAGACUACAUUGGAGCAGUUACACACACAUACGCACACACACAAAUUGAGAAAAAAUAAAUUUCAUAUCAUUUUACUUUCAUUCACCAGUUGUCUAACAUUCGUGUUGUGUUUGUUCGUGUAUAAAUACUAACUGCUCCUUAAAUUCCCAAACAUUAAUAUUGUAGUAAUAUCUUACAGUUUUAUUUAUAUUUCAUAUAUUAGUAUGAACUUAUUUAUCAUUCAUAUUCUCUCUCUCUCCCUCUCUCUCUCCCUCCCUCUCUCCCCCUCACUGUCACUCUCUUUUCAGUGCUAGGGAUGGAACCUAGAGCCUCACACAUGCUAAGCAAGUGCUCUAACACUGAACUACAUCCCUAGCCUAUCAUACUUUCUUGAAAAACCACAAAUAAAAUAUUUUGUAAACUCUAUUAGGUUAAAUACAAUAAGGAACAAUAGUGUAUGAUAUCUGUCUUUUACAGUUAGACCUUGAAACAAAUUUUAAACUAUCUUUAAAAUGUUUGAAUAGAAGUGUGGCUAAUAAAAAUUCCUAGUCUAGGCCAGGUGUGGUGGCAUACAACUGUAAUCCCAGCACUUGGGAGGCUGAGGCAGAAGGAUCACCAUGAGCUCAAAGCCAGCCUGGCUACAUAGGGAGUUCAAGGUCAACCUGAACCAUAAUGUGAGACCCCUGUAUCAAAAAAAAAAAUCCCUAGUCUUAUUUUCACUUAGGUACUUUGAGAAUUAUGAUAAUCUGAUAUUUUUAUUUUCCUAAAACUAGCUAUGUGUGGUAGAGCACACCUGUUAAUGCCAGCCCUUGGGAGGCUCCAUUGCCAUGAGUUUGAAGCCAGCCUGGGCUAUGUGGUAAGUUCAAGGCCAGCCUGAAAUACAUAGCAAGACCUCAUCUCAACAUAACCAAAAAAUAAAUACUUACAACUUGUUUAGUUUUAAGUCUUGAAGGUUGGUUCUAAUUUAUAUAUCAAUGUAUCGAAAUUAUUCAACGAAGGUUUGAAAACCAAUGGAGUAGAGAUUUUGUUCAGAAACUGCUUCUGUGCUGUACAUUCAAGAAUUCCUCAGCAGUUGAUGACAUUUUCUUUUAUGUUACCUACUUACAGGAACAUUUACUGAAUGCAGAGUAAUUUACUGGAUAUUUUAUUUCAAAAUUCAGCCUCUGAUUUUGUAACCAUAAAGUGUCUUCAUUCAACAGUUUGUAAGCAUACCGCCAUAACCUUUUUAUCGCCUCUUCAUAAUCUUAUGGAUUCUAUAGAUUUGUAAAUACCAUGUUUGUUUUAUAGAUACUAUGAUGAUUAAUGGAAUGAAUUUAAGUUGUUUUCCAUUCUUUUUUCCUCAGCUCAUUUCUUUUUAUCUUCCCACUGACAGUCUUUGGUAGCUCUUCAAUAAAUUCUACCUGUUGGUAUCGAGAGGAAGAAAUUUAGCCCAGAAGUUUUUAUCUUUAGAUAAAAGCAAUUAUUUAAUAGUUUUAUUAUGAAUUCUAGGUGAAAGAAAGGGCACCCAUUGGGGUUGGUUUUUGGUAAAAAGAUAAACAAAGGGGUGUUAUUGAAAUUUUUCUUUUUCUUUUUUGUUAUUUUUUUGUUUGUUUGUGGUACUUGGGGUUGAAUCCAAGGCCUUUGGACUGAACUAUAUCCCCAUCCCUUUUUAUAUUUUUCAUUUUGAGACAAGAUCUUACUAAGUUGCCCAGGCUAGGCUCAAACUUGUGAUCCUCCAGCCUCAGCCUCCCAGAAUGCAGGGAUUACAGAUGGGCCUCACUGUGCCCAGCUGGUUUUUCUUGGUAUUUAGUAUUUACUACAAGUCCAGUGAGCCAAAUGACCAAAUAAAUUAGACUGUUACUGUAAUCUCAACAAUUCUAAUUCUUAUCUAUAUGUCAUUAGUUCCAUUUGGAACAUUUUGUGUAGCAGGUUUGAGGAAAACGUUCAGUGAAAAGGAAAAAAACACCUGAAGUUUUUUCAGAACGCUGAAUGGAUAUUUAUCAUAAUUAGGAUGCCUACCUUUCUGGGAUAUUUGUAAGGUGCUGUAGUUUUUUUUACAUGCUCCUGAAUCUCCUUUUUCAGUUGUUCUUGCUCAUGUGACUUGUAAUCAGGGUUCAGAACAAUAAAAGCCUUUACUACCUAAAAUAAAUAUUUGAAACAUCAGAAA